AUGCCUACAAUAUUGUCCGACGACGACAAGCAAACGGUCAAGCGGACCGUGCCGAAAGGCUCCAACAAGAUCCAUGCCGUCGCCGUCGCAAAGCUCUACAUCGCUUACCCCAACCGCCACAAAUGGACCUACACGGGCCUGCAGGGCGCUGCCGUGCUCGCCAACGACCUCGUAGGAAACACGUUCUGGAUCAAGCUGGUUGACAUCUCGCCCUUGAACCGCGGCGUCAUCUGGGACCAGGAGAUUUACGACACCUUCUCGUACAACCAGGAUCGCACUUUCUUCCACACCUUCGAGCUCGAGCAAUGCCUUGCCGGUCUGUCGUUCGCUGACGAGAAGGAGGCGAAGCAGUUCAAGAAGAAGAUAGACGAGCGGGAGAAGAAUGCACACAAGAACACGAGGAAUAAGCCAUUUGGUAUGGCGGCUGGGACUUCCAAUGGCGCGACAACGAACGGUGGAGGCCACUCGCAUGGGUUGCUAGGCAGCAUCACCGGCAGUCUUUUCGGCCACAAGCAUUCGUCGCACCAGCAACAGGAGAACCAUUCGAUUAUUCCGCCCAAGAACUUGGCUUCACCCGCAAGCUCAAGCCCGAACCAGAGCGGCAGGAGCUCGGCUAUCGACACCGCAGAUCCCUCAAUGCAGCCGGUGCUUCAGGAACUCCUGCAAAUGGGUAUCACGGAGGACCAAAUCGAAGAAAAUGCCGACUUCAUCAGGAUGCAGCACUUCAACAUCCCGGCGUGGACCACCUCCGGCACCACCGCCAGCUCGCAGAAAGGGCGGUGCACCCCCGCCUCAACCGACAUCACCUGCCAGGGACCCAUCACCACCACAACCAAGAUUCAGAGCGCCGCCACCGCUUGCCGAUGCUGGAAAAUUCGCGAACCAGGCUCCUCCUCCACCGGCAAGAGCGCGGGCUUCCUCGAAUACUGCGCAUCCAGGCCCCCCACCGCCGCCGAGAAGGACAGAGGAAGACUCGGGGCACAAGUUUGGCGUCCCGCCUCCUUUCGCUGGACAGCGCGCUGUAUCCAGUCCAGUCCCACCCCCUCCGCCCGCUCGUGGCCCUGUUCCUCCGCCACCGCCUGCACGCGACGCCACUCCGGCUGGGCUGCCGCCUCCCCCGCCUGCACGGGCUGUGCCUACUCCGGCUGCUCCCCCUCCACCGCUUCCACCCAAGACCCCAGUAGCUCCACCAUCGCCCGCUGCCGUUCCUCCGCCCCCGCCUCCACCUCCAGCUUCGUCUGGGCCCCCCGCUCCUCCUCCACCUCCUCCGUCCGCCUCACGCCCCGUUCCUGUUCCGCCGGCAAGCCCCGCACCACCUCCGCCACCUCCACCGGCUGGCGGUGCUCCUCCGCCGCCACCACUUCCUUCAAGCCCGUCCCCCGCGGCUGCGCCUCCACCGCCGCCGCCUCCACCACCCGCUCCAAGCGGAGGAGCUCCCCCACCACCUCCUCCUCCGCCUCCUCCACCAGUAUUCGCGGUGGAGCCAAGCUUAAGAAGGUUUCCGACACCGAGAAGAACGACCGAAGUGGAGCAUCAGUGCCCGGUAGCAGCACUGCGCCUCCUCCGUCAUCCUCUGGUGGCGGCGGUGGAGCUGAUGGCGGAUUGGCGGGUGCAUUGGCUAGUGCUCUUGCGGCGAGGAAGAGCAAGGUCAGCCACAGUGAUGAUGAGGAUGACGACGAUUGGUGA